GAGAAGUGGAGGCUCCAAUGUGGACCAAAGAGUUCCAGUGUGGAGGCCAUGAGUCUGCUCUCCUGGACUGUAGAAGCUCAGGCUCAGCUAGAAACACCUGCUCACCUGGAAAAGCUGUUGGACUCACCUGCUCAGAGUCUGAGGAGGUCAGGUUGGUGGGAGGAGACAGUCGCUGUGCAGGAACACUGGAGCUGAAACAUAAUGGAGACUGGAGACCAGUGAUGGGCCGAGGCUGGACCCUGAAGGAAGCAAAUGUUGUCUGUAGAAGUCUGGACUGUGGUUCUGCUGUUUCUGUAGUAGAGAGAAAGGAGUCUUCAGUCAGACCUGUGUGGUGGAUCGACUCUGACUGUGUUCAGUCUGGAUCUUCUCUGAGGGAGUGUGCAAGAUCAGAAUCCUCUUCCUCCAUCCUGAAUCUCACCUGUUCAGACUCUGUCAGGCUGGUGGAUGGGACUAGUCUGUGCUCAGGCAGACUGGAGGUGAAGUCUGACCAGUCUAACCAGUGGUGGUCCUCAGUGUGUGAAGAUGACUUUGACCAGCAGGAUGCAGAGGUGGUCUGUAGGGAGCUCGGCUGUGGGGCUCCUUCAGUCCUCCAGGGGGCGCUCUAUGGAGAAGUGGAGGCUCCAAUGUGGACCAAAGAGUUCCAGUGUGGAGGCCAUGAGUCUGCUCUCCUGGACUGUAGAAGCUCAGGCUCAGCUAGAAACACCUGCUCACCUGGAAAAGCUGUUGGACUCACCUGCUCAGAAUCUGAGGAGGACAGGUUGGUGGGAGGAGACAGUCGCUGUGCAGGAACAGUGGAGCUGAAACAUAAUGGAGACUGGAGACCAGUGGGGGGCUUUGGCUGGACCCUGAAGGAAGCAAAUGUUGUCUGUAGAAAUCUGGACUGUGGUUCUGCUGUUUCUGUAGGAGAGAGAGAGGAGUCUUCAGACAGACCUGUGUGGGGGAUCUACUCUAACUGUGUUCAGUCUGGAUCUUCUCUGAGGGAGUGUGCAACAUCAAGAUCCUCUUUCUACAUCCUGAAUCUCACCUGUUCAGACCUGCUGGUUCGGCCCAACAUCUCUGUGUCCUCCUCCACGUACGGGGUCUCUGAGGCCCAGCAGCAGGAGUUUCGGGUGCUCAGGGGCUCCAACUUCACCAUCAGCUGCUCCAUCCAGCCACAGUACCCAGGAGGCUCCUUCCAGCUCACCUUCACCUCCUCCAACACAACGCACAACUACACCCAGCCAGCUGUCAAUCACUCUGCCCACUUCCUGUUUCCUGCUGCAGAGCCCGCCCACCAAGGAAACUACAGCUGUGUUUAUCACGUCUAUGUUUUCUCUCAUAACUUCUCCUCUGAGAGCCGUCUGCUCUCUCUCACUGUCUCAGAUCCAUCAGUUCAUCAUCACUUCAUCAGAGUGGUCCUCCUGCUGCUGACUCUGCUGUUGGUGAACACUGCCCUCUGUUGCUGCUGUAAGGCCUGCAGGGGGCAGAAGCCGGGCAGACAGGAGAACAUUGAGCUGGAUGAUUAUAACCUGGGUGUUCCUGCAGCUGGAGGAGGGCCGACUGAAGAGGAAGGAGCUCAGGGAGCAGAGUAGGUCCUCCAAGGAGCUCCUCUCACAUCCACAUGGAUUUCACAGCUGACACACAGCCAUCAGCUCAGUCAAGGAUUUUACAUUUUUAUCCUCAUGUUGGCUGGAAUUAUUAUAUCACAUUAUAUUUUUAUUACUCUGAGCAUGAAAAGACCAAAACCAACCCUGUUUGUUCCUAUUGAAGACGUAACUCUUUAAAAACACCUCACAAAUAUUGAAAGCAGAGAUACUGAGCUCUCGGGCUGUAAAGAUUUACACAUUCAGAAAUCAGUUUUAACGUUAUAGAUUCGACGACAUCGGUACGCGGACCCCUGGAUCGAUCUGAAUGUACCAUGAACCGGUCGAUGGUCCGAUUCUAAAGUUAUGAAGACCCAGGCUGGUCGGGGGUUUGGGAGUCAUUUUGGAACAAUGUUGGCCCAGUGAUGUUAUCUAUUCAGUUAAAGUCAAAGUGAAACACUGUCAUAUAUCCUCUGAAUCUGGUGUUACAAUACUCGAUCACAUUUGGUGACGUUUGAACAACUGAAUCCUGAGAUAAGAGCAGAAACCUGUUCAGGACCACCUGCUGUUGGAUCUGUAGAUCUGGACCACAUCCAGGGUUGGUGGAACAAAUCUGCUGCGAUUGGGAGAAUCUGUUUAAAAAGAUUACAGUGAAUUAACAAAGUCAUGUAGUUAGAGAACAGAGAACAAUAUUAAAGGUCAGAGGCUGUUUGACACCACUUUCAUCCUGUUAAUGAGAUAUCAACUUUAUAACUUUACUUUAGCGCUCCCUUGUGGUUGACAUGGGUUUUUAUUUUAUCUUGUGAGCAAGAUUUCGUCCUCCAGGACUUUGAAAAUGUCAUAUUUGUAUCGUAGAUGGUUCAACAGCAGGACCACAUUCAGCUCAAAUCUGGGAAAAAUAAUCAGAAUAAUUCAAAUGAGAGCAAAAAUAUGAGUUGUUAAAACUUAUUUGGUCUUUAAAUCGAGAACUUUCAUUAUUUUUAUACAGUAAUUAAGAAUCUUACUUCAUUUUGUUUCAGGAUUUUACUU